UGUCAUAAGCUCCCAGGUGCCCAGUGCGCAGCCGGCCACAGAGAAGUGGGUGACUUAGGAGUAUCCUCUCCGCUUCUGACCCCUGGUUUCAUCCGCGCACAACUUGCUCAAAAUGGGCAACUCACUAGGCAUAUUUUGUUCCUGGUUCCGCCGCAGGUUCCGGCCACGCCAUCAGCAACCUGCUCCUCUAAGGGCAUUGUGUCCCUGGUCCGAGCGCAGGUCCUGGCCACGCAUUUGGCAUCGUGGACGUCUUGUCUGUGAGGGCUUCCCAGCUGGCUGGGCUCACCCCGCGGCUCCUGCACCUGUGCCUGCCCCUGGAAACCUGGGCUGUUCCCGAUUCCUUUUCAACCCUCAGCAACAUCCUGGGCCUUCUUUUCCAGCCAGGUGGGAUGGUGCCCCUAUGAGGCUGUGUCUUCUCCCUCGGAACAGGGGCACCCCACUGAGGGUCCCGCCUCCUGUGGUCUGGAGCCCCCCCUCAAGGAAGAAACCUGUGCUGUCGGCUCGCAACUCCAGGAUGUUUGGACACCCCAGCCCCGUGAGGAUCCCUCCUCUCAGAGGCAAGUUUAACCUCCAACUGCCUUUAUUAGAUAAGCGGGUGAUCCCAGCCAGGAUCCCGAAGAUAGAAGAAGAGCCCGAAGAACCAAUGGAAGUGGAUCAGGUAGAGACCCAGGAGGACAAUAAAAGGGGCCCCUGUAGCAAUGGGGAAGCAGCCUCCACCUCUAGGCCCCUGGAGACUCAGAGAAACCUCACUUCCUCCGGGUGCAGUCCCAGGCCCUUGGAGGGAAAUGUCCACCUCAAGAGCGUGACAAAAAAGAACCAGAAUGAGAAGGCCCAGGUGCAUGCAGUGAGUUUCUACCCCAAGGGCCACGGAGUCACCAGCUCACACAGCCCUGCUGGAGGCAUCCUUCCCUUUGGGAAGCCUGACCCAGCUCCAACAGUGCUCCCUGCCCCAGUUCCAACAGUGCUCCCUGCCCCAGUUCCAACAGUGCUCCCUGCUCCAGUUCCAGCAGUGCUCCCUGCCCCAGUUCCAACAGUGCUCCCUGCCCCAGUUCCGGGCUGCUCCCUGUGGCCAAAGAAGGCGGCCUUGAAGAUGCUGGAUAAAGACCACCUGCCCAGCUCUCCAGUGUUGCUAAUGCGGGGGAAGGACAUGCAGCACAAAGAUCCUGCAGCUCUAGGAUCAAGUAGCUCUGCUCCACCCAGAGCUGCCGGCCACGAGUCCCGCAAAAGAAAGCGGUCAGGGUCACCACUGCUGCUACAACCGACCCCUCCCCUGCAACUGAGAUGGGAUAGAGACGAGCUGCCCCCACCCGCUAAGCUUCCCUGCCUAUCUCCUGAGGCACUGUUGGACCUGGGUCAGGCUUCCCAGAGGGAAGGACGCCUCCAGCGGGGCAGCAUGGGUAAGAACAUGGGGGUGUUAAGUAGAACAUCAAAAUCCAGGAGACGAAAACCGCCGCUUGGGAGGAGAAAGAAGACAUGGCAGGGCAGGCGUGGUGGCUCACGCCUGUAAUCCGGCACUUUGGGAGGCCGAGGCAGGUGGAUCACCAGGUCAAGAGAUUAAGACCUGAGGAGCUCUCUGCCUGGUCCCUGCAUGCUCCCUGCAUCAUCUGGGAAGUGAGAAGCGCCUCUGCCCGGCUGCUCCACCAUCUGGGAAGUAAGGAGUGCCUCUGCCCGGCCGCCUCACAGUCUGCGAAGUGAGGGGGGCCUCUGCCUGGCCACUGCCGGGUCUGGAAGGUGAGGAGCCUCUCUGCCUGGCACCGCCCCUCCCCCCACCUCACCGUAUGGGAAGUGAGGAGCACGUCUGCCUGGCAACUGCACGGUCUGGAAAGUGAGGAGCGUCUCUGCUCUGCCGCCUCACAG